AGUCGUAAAGUCGUAUCACUGUCUGGUCACACUGCGCGAAAACGAAUCACGAAACGGAACGCAAAGCGCACACGGACUGUUUUUUCCGGGGAAAAACGCCGCCUUUCCUUUGAUUUGUUUGGUGCUGUCGCGGAAAAUGAUACCACCAAACGCCAGCAAUUAGCUGUGAGUGAUUGGAUUGUUUAAAUAAUAAUCAGAAAAUAAAACAGCACGAAAACAGGCAAUUAGUUGACAGAGUCCCUUUAAGAAAAAGGAGUUAGUCGAAAGGAACAUCCUCGGCUCGCAAAAAGUGUGUGUAUGAGUGUAUGGGUGUACUAAUAUUAACAAAAAUAAAAUCAAAUAAAAUUUGCUAAAGUAAAAACUCUAUUUCGCGUUGAGAGAGAACCCAGAAAAAUUGGUGUCUACUCCUUGAAAAGGAGUUUUUCGCUUCUUCCUCUCUCUCCCCCGCCCGCCCGCUCUCGUAAUCUGUCUCUCUCUGUCUCUCUUGCCCACUCACUCUCUAACUGUGUUUGUUUCGGUGUGUGUGUGCAACUAAAAAACAAAAAGAAGUCAAGCUUUUUAAUUAAAAAUUUAAAUCACAAUUAUUUUUUAAACCGACAUAGAGGUGAAAAUUGCAAUUUGCUCUCUUUCUCUCUCGCUCUUUCGGUUGGAAGCUGAAGAAUAAGAAGAAGCAGAGCAGACGCCGCACACUAAUACCAACGCAUUUUCGCUGUGGAAACGGAAUCGACCAAAAUGUUGUGAUCUCAUACCCUUGGAAAGCCAAACACUGGAAGCGAUUUUCCCUCCACAGCCGAAAGUACCGAAGAGAAACCACAGCUGAAGCCAGCUAGGAAAACAACACAAACCAAAUUGCAAUGACUGAGCAGAGUAUUAUCGGGGCUCGUGCCUCUGUGAUGGUGUACGAUGACAACCAGAAGAAGUGGGUGCCCUCAGGCAGUUCGUCCGGAUUGAGCAAGGUGCAGAUCUACCAUCAUCAGCAGAACAACACCUUUCGGGUAGUGGGACGAAAACUGCAGGAUCACGAGGUCGUGAUCAACUGCUCCAUUCUGAAGGGACUGAAAUACAACCAGGCCACGGCCACAUUUCAUCAAUGGCGCGACUCAAAGUUCGUCUACGGAUUGAACUUCUCAAGCCAAAACGAUGCGGAGAACUUUGCAAGAGCCAUGAUGCAUGCCCUGGAAGUUCUCAGUGGUCGCGUGGCAAACAAUCCAGGUGGACCGCCCACAAAUGGCAAUGGGUAUGAGGAGGAUAUGGGCUAUCGCACGAUGACCAGCGAGGAUGCGGCCAUUCUUCGCCAGAACAACAGCAUAGGUGGCCACGUCACGCCCUCGGCCCAAACGCCCACAUCGCAGACCAACCAGAACAACAUCCCCCAGAGCCCGCCGACGCCCCAGGGUCACCACCGCACCAGCAGGAAUUCCCUCAGCGCCCCACCGGCACCACAGCCCCAACAACAGCAGCAGGCGCAGCAGAUGGGUCAGCCGGGAUCCCACUAUGGAGCAACUGGUAAUGGACCGACAUCCAAUGGCCUGCCACAGCAGGUUAAUCCACAGAUACCGCCGGCCCCACAGCAGCAACAGCAACAGUUUCAGCAACAGCAGCAACAGCAAUAUCAGCAAAUGGUCCAGGUCCAAGGAGGCUAUGCGCCCAAUCAGCAGUAUCAGCAACCCCACUACGUGCUCUCCAAUUCUAAUCCCAAUCUCACUGUGCACCAAUACCCGACACAGCAGUCGCAGCCGCAGCAGCAGCAGGCGCCACAACCGCCGCUCCAAAAUGGUGGCAUGUACAUGGUCAGCCAUGGCCAUUUACCGAGCUCCGCGAGCGCCAACAGUGUCGUGUAUGCCAGCCAGCAGCAGAUGCUACCCCAGGGACAUCCACAAGCACCUCAAGCGCCAGCGAUGCCGGGUCCGGGCUAUGGAGGUCCUCCAGUUCCACCGCCCCAGCAGCAGGCGGAGAAUCCCUAUGGCCAAGUGCCCAUGCCGCCGCCAAUGAAUCCGUCGCAGCAACAGCCCGGUCAGGUGCCGCUCAACAGGAUGAGCAGUCAGGGUGGACCGGGCGGUCCACCGGCUCCAGCUCCGCCCCCGCCACCACCCAGUUUUGGCGGAGCUGCUGGUGGAGGCCCUCCGCCACCAGCCCCGCCACAGAUGUUUAACGGAGCACCGCCGCCGCCAGCAAUGGGUGGCGGACCACCGCCGGCUCCUCCGGCGCCACCAGCUAUGGGUGGACCACCGCCAGCUCCUGGUGCCCCUGGUGCUCCAGGACCACCACCACCGCCUCCGCCGCCUGGAUUGGGAGCGCCAAAAAAAGAUGAUCCCCAGGCAGAUCUCAUGGGCUCGCUGGCCUCACAGCUCCAACAGUUCAAGCUCAAAAAAAAUAAGACCACCCCCUCUGCUCCAGAGAAUAGCGGCAGCAGCACUUCCAGUGGCGGUAGCGGCAACUAUGGAACCAUCGGACGCAGCUCCAACGGCAUGGCUUCGAUGAUGGACGAGAUGGCCAAGACGCUGGCAAGACGACGCGCCCAAGCUGAAAAAAAAGAUCCCGAUCCUGAACCGGAGGUAAAGAAGCGACCCUGGGAAAAGUCCAAUACGCUGCCACACAAGUUGAGUGGAGGGGCUGGAAGCGGUUCGACUGGAAGUGGUCAUGAAGGAGCGAACGGGAACUCUAGCGGAGUUGGAAGUAACACAACGAACAGUGGCGGAGAGUCACCGCGACCCAUGCGCAAACGUUUUGGCAGUGCCAGCGAGGAGACCAUUCUCAAGCAGGUCAAUGGCGAUGGCCUGUCGCUGGCGCUUUCCAAUGGCGACUUGGACACACUGAAGGCUGAGAUAGUGCGCGAAAUGCGACUGGAGAUCCAGAAGGUCAAAAACGAGAUCAUAGAUGCUAUCAAAUCGGAGUUCAAUCGCAGAUAGAUCAAAUGACUGUCGCGAUAAGCGCGAACGGACACCAGGCUCUACCCAGCUCCCACCACUGGUGUCGUCCGUGAGUGGACGAAGAUCAGGAUUAGGAGCCAGGAGAGGAGCAGAGGCCGGCCGGUCGUGUAAUUUUAGACAUUCGCGAAGUAUUCGAUGAUCGAAGCUCGCAACAUUGCCAGAAUGUUGACGAUCGAUCGACGACGAGGCGGUGGCAUGUGCAUAGAUACGCAUAUUUAUGAUGCACUUGCUCUAGGUUAAAACAAAACAUCUAGGCUAACACAAACACACACACACACACACACAAAGAUGCAGAGAAGAAUGAGAAGGAGAAAUUUAGUCAAAGUAAUUAUAUUUUAAAGGGAAGAAGAAGAAGAACUGCUUACCGACUUCUAAGUUAUAUAACUAACUCUGUUGUACAUUAUUUUGCAUAAGUAUAUAAGCCAAUUUUAGUGUGAGAACAAGAGAAUUGCUUGCAAUGUUCGGUAUUUCGUAACACCCCUCUCUUUCGUUUGUUUUCCAUACCCCUCACCUAUACCCCCCACCUCAAUCUUUUAGUUUGUUAUGCUCCCUGGGAUUUUUACAAUUGUUUCGUAUCAAAAUCAAAAUGAACAACGUUUGUAAUUAAACAUAGAACUCGUAUAUCUCUCUCUAUACACAACCACAAAAAAAAACAUACAUAUAUAUACGGUUUAAUAUAUAUGGACUACUCAUUAACCUAACCUAAAGGGAACUAGUAUUACGACUCAAAACAAUUCCACAAACGUCAUCCAUCAAGGCUCCAAAAAGAAGAAACUCCACGUAUCUCCUACAACAAAACCAUAACAUUUUCCUAAGCACACGAUCUCAUUACGACUCAAUUUAAGAACCAGCAAGUCUUCAGUAAAUCUAAAUCAGAAAUAUAUAGUGAAAAACAUAAAAGAAAAACAUAAAAACAGUUCAAAGCGGAAUUGAGCGUGGUGUUCAGGACUCAGACUUAGCUUGAGCGACUUAGCAUUAGUAUCACACAUGAUUAAUCACUGCGAUCCAGCGAUCUAUACGAUCUAUACAGCGAAAUUAGAAAGCUAAAUUAACAAACGACUGCUGCGUAUUAUACAAAUAUAAAUAAUACUUAUAAAUAUAUAAUGGAAAGCCACUAAAUAUUGUACACUCCUCCCCCUACCCCUACCCCUACCCCCUCAGACUUGGCGGCGGAAAAGCCUAUCCUGAACAUAUGCGUACCAAUUCAACUUCCAUAUACGACUAAGACUAAAUAGCGAAAUUAUUGAAUGAUAAGCAGGCCAAGCAAAUCGGAAAGAAAGGUGGAUCAGACAGCUAGAAAGACGAAGGAUUAGAGACAGGUGGCAGGUGGUAAGGAGAAGAAGGAAGCAGAAGGAGAUGGAGAGUUUAGUUCUUAAGCAUAACGAAGUGAAAUUGUUUAUUAAGUGGACAACAAAUUUAUUUAUACUGAAGAGAAAGUGUGAGAGAGAGAGAGUGGUAGUUGUGUAUAAUUCGAAUGCAUAUAUACAUUUUAAUUUUUUGUAAUUUAACAAUAAUUUAUAUUGACUGUGCAAGGUUGCGUCGAUAUAUAUAUAUAUGAUUAUAUAGAGUAUAUGGAAUACCUAGUUAUAUGGCGGCCACACACACGGUCCGGUGUGUAUGUAAAUGUUAUGAUUUUUGUAUUUUUAUAUAUGAUCUUUGCAUUGCGAAAACAAUGGAAACAAUUUAAUAUUAAAACACACACGUAAACUAUUUUAAACGAAGCAAGUGAAAAUCGAUGCGCAUUGCAUCGGGCGCAACUUUUUAUGUAUUAAAUUAAAUAUAUUAUACACUUAUAUACAACCAGAAUAUUCAAUAUACAUACAAUGAGAUGAGAUGACGAAUCGAAAGAAGUAAGGAGCAGCCAGCAUUGACUCGAGAUCAAAAUAUAUAUUAAAAAUCAGCAACGGAUUCACUUAGAUCGAUAAGGGGCGUAAGUUAUAAAUCGGCGGCGAUCAGAACGGAAUAGAAGCGCAAAAACAUUAUAUGCAUAUUCAACAAAAGAACGUAAAGUGAAAUAAACAAGCAACGUUUGUAUGUAAAAA